AUGACCCUGUUAAACCCACCUCAGACUGCAGAUCUCAGCGAUCAAGAAAGAAAAGAACGCAAAGAGCAAGAGCCAGGAGUGUCUGGGAGCAGGCAGAAGGGUCAGGAGUCUGAAAAUCUGCUGUCGGAGCUUCCCUUCGCAGACGCAGAGCUGGGCAGCACAGAAAGCAGCGUGAAGAAGAAGAAGCGUAAGAGAGGGGUGAAGGCUGAAGAUGAGGAUGCUGGGAGGAAGAAGAAAAGAGACGACUCGGCAAACUUUGUGUCUGUGCCGAUCACAAACCCACAGAUCAAGCAGGCAGUGGAGGAUUUGCAGAAGCAGGUGUUGAUGAAGGACAGUCGUCUGUCGCGAGCGCUCAUACCUGUGGACACACUACACAUCACUCUACUGGUGACUCACCUGAGCACACAGGACCAGGUGGACCUUGCUGCCUCUACUCUCUCUGAGCUGGAGUCUCCUCUGAAUGCUCUGCUGUCGGGCCGCAGACUCGUCCUGCCCUUCUGUGGAAUCGGAAACUUCAGACAGGAAGUGUUUUUUGUCCAGAUCGCAGAAGGAGAACACCUGAACACACUCGCGCUGAUAGCAGAGAGCGUGAGGAAGGCGUUGGAGGAGCGCGGCAUCACAUCUGCAGACGACAAAGCCUUCAAACCUCACCUGACACUGCUCAAACUCUCGCGAGCUCCAACGCUACGCAGACAGGGUGUUAAGAAGCUGGACCCGGCGCUGUUCUCUGAGUACGAGAGCCGUGCGUUUGGAGACGAAUGUGUGUGUAGAGUGGACCUGUGCUCCAUGCUGAAGAAGAAGAGUGCGGAUGGAUACUACCACUGCGAGAAGAGCGUCCGCUUCAAUCUUGUGCAAAGCAGGCAGCGUGCCGCACGGACAAGUGUUAAGAAAGCGUCGUCGGCGCCGGACGAUGAGGAGCUGUUGAGUCUGAGCAAGCGUCUGGUGGAGGAUGCGGUGCUGCGGGCCGUGCAGCAGUACAUGGAGGAGACCCAGCAGAACGGCGCCGCGCACACAGACCAGGCCCACAGCAAACUCAACAGCACCAAAUGACCCAGCGGAGCCCUGACCCAGCACCACUGAGCCUCCAGCGGGCGCCAGAUCCCCGGCCCGCCCCGAAGGACACGCUCUGAAGCGCAGCGCAGAGUGUGAACAUGCGAUGCUACUUUCGCUUUCCUCUGAGCGGCAGGACGGCUGUCAAUCAGAACGCUUAAGAACUGCUUAGACUGACUGCAGGCCUGAAGCCCAAAACAAACACUCUAUGAUGAGCUCAGUGUGUGUGUGUGUGUGUGUGUGUGUGUGUGUUCUGCCUGCCCACCUGUUUCACUCUCACAUGAUGAUGAUGAUAUGUGUGUGUCUGUGUGUGUAAUAGGGUGUGUGUGUGCUCAGAGCAGGAUGGAUUGGGAAGGAGAGCCCGUGCGGACGCAGGUACAGGCCGUAAAGACACUGUUAGCACAAGAACACAUCAGAGCCAAGAUCCUGCAGGAGCUCACACUCUCUGCUGGAGGAGGAGGUGCGCGGAAACACACAACUGUCCUGGAGUAACACACACACUGACAAUACUGACCGGCAAAUAUUGUCAUACACACUGAAGGUUUAAAAAACACACACACACAAAAACACAUUCUGACCAAGAAAUUGACACACACUCACACACACUUUCACUGACAGUACUGACCUGAAAAGGAUUUCAUACACACUGUAGGUUUAGGAAACACACACACACAUACAAAUGUGCACACAAAUACACACAAACACCCUCACUGAAAUGACAAACCAGAUAAUUAUCUCACACACACUGUAAGUUUAGAAAACAGACACAGACAAAUACACACACACACACACACACACACAUACAAGGAUACAUACCUUCAGACCAGCAAAUUGACACACACAUGCACAUACAGACACACACAUACACACGCACACCUUCUGACCAGCAAAUUAACACACUGCAAGUUUAAACACACACACACAUAUGCACACAAAUACACACAAACACACAUUUACUGAAAGUACAAACCAGCAAAUUAUCUUACAGACACUAACAAGCAUACAAGCAUGCACUCAAAUACACACAAACACUCAUACACACUGUAGGUUUAGAAAACAAACAUACACACACACACACACAUACAAAAGAUAACAUACACUAGAUAAUUAUCUCACACACAAUGUAGGUUUAGAAAACACACACACACACCUUGACAGAAAGAGCAGAAAAGGACUGAUAAUCAUCUCACACACAGCAGGUUUAGAAAACACACACACGUACAGGAACCGACAUACACACACAAAAACACCUUAAAAUGAUCCAUAAUUACAAAUUAUCCCAUACACUGUAGGUUCAGAAAACACACACACACCUUCACUGAAAGUACAGACCACCCAAUAGUCUCAUACACAAUGUAGGUUUAUAAAAACACACACACACACACGUUUUACGGAAAGUACAGACCACACAAUAGUCGCAUACACACUGUGGGUUAAUAAAAGACACACACACACCUUCACUGAAAGUACAGACCACACAAUAGUCUCAUACACACUGUAGGUUUAUAAAAACACACACACACACACACACACGUUUUACUGAAAGUACAGACCACACAAUAGUCUCAUACACACUGUGGGUUAAGACACACACACACACACACCUUCACUGAAAGUACAGACCACACAAUAGUCUCAUACGCACUGUAGGUUUAUAAAAACUCACACACACACUUAUUCACUAACAGUACAGACCAGCAAAUAUUUUCAUACACACUGGAGGUUUAGAAAACACACACACGUUUUACGGAAAGUACAGACCACACAAUAGUCUCAUACACGCUGUGGGUUUAUAAAAAACACACACACACACACCUAUACUGAAAGUACAGACCAGAUAAUAGUCUCAUACACACAAAAUCACACACACACACACACACACCUUUACUUACAGUUUAGACCAGAAAAUAUUCUCUCUCUCACACACACACACAGAAACACCUUCACUGAAAGUACAGACCACACAAUAGUCUCAUACACACUGUAAGUUAUUAAAACACACACAAAAUCACACACACACACACACCUUUACUGACAGUUUAGACCAGAAAAUAUUCUCUCUCACACACACACACACACACACAGAAACACCUUCACUGAACGUUCAGACCAGCAAAUUGUCUCAAAAAUGCUGUACACCCACACACACACAGACACACACACAGAGUCAGUGCUGGAGGGAGGCCUGCCAGUGAUUUGCUGACAGUAAUUUUGGGUGGUCUUGAACUCUACAUGAGUUGUGUUUCUUCCUGUUUGAUGUGUGUGACGCUUCAGUAAAGCACCCACAGUGGCCUUAGAGCAUCACACCUUGUUAUAAUGCUGAAGAGUGCGUGUGUGUGUGUGUGUGUUUGGUUUCUUGGUUUUACACCAGAUCCUUAAACUCUUCUUUUCCUCGGCUCGUGUUGAUCAAGUGUUUGAUUUGUGUGAACAGUGCUCUGAUGAUGUCAUCGCUCAGCGUUUAUCCCCCAUCUGUCACUUUUUUUACUCUUCAAAAUAAAGAUGGCGGCGGUGACUCA